AUGAAAAAGUCGCUCGACAUCGAGCGGAGCGAAGGUAGAGCGCUGAAAGCCCGAUACGAUAGUGCAAUUAGAAAUUUAAAGACUGAAUAUAAGAAGAAAGAGGAACAACUAGAACAACAAUUACGAUCAAUAAGAUCUGAUAAAGGUGAAGACACUGGUGUUAGUAAACUAGUCGAUUUGAAGCGAUUGACGACCGAAAUUCAGUCUUUAAGAGCAGCAAAUAGGGGCCUACAGGAAAAAGUCAAGGUUGCACAAGCGGCGGAGUGCGCCCGCGCUGCGGAGUUGCGCGCGCAGGUUGCCAAGCACAACGCUCUUGAACAAGCAGCGCGAAGAGACACAAGAGCGCAAUGCCACAAAUUGCUGGAGGAAAUAAAAUCGAAGGAGCGUGUUAAUAUUCAACUGAGGAGAGAGCUGGCGAAGGCUACAGCACAGAAUGAACAGGCGCAAAAGAUGGAGUGUGGAACUUCAGAAUUCAGAAAGCGUGGUGAUCAGGGAAAGGAGAAAACAAAUCGAGAAGAUCUGAAAACCGACAUACAACAUAGAAAAGAAACAUUUUAUCGGGAGGCGCCGUCUGAUGGUGAUUCGGCGGUGUCUUCCGCGCCAGCCUCUCUCUCGCCACAGCCGCUCAACGAUAUGUGGUCAUGCGGGCAGUGCCGCAGUUCAGCAGAGCGCGCGGCCAGCGCAGCGCGCGAAUGCACGCGACUGUCCGACGCCCUGCGAGAUGCGCGCGACCAGCUCGAGUUGAUGGAGUUCAGACUCCUCGAGCUCGAAGACGCGAACCCCGAGAAGGGUGCUAGGGACAACCUAACAGAUUCGGAUUCGGGCUGCGUGUCCCCUGGCUCCCGAAUAAAGGACUCGGCAUCACCAGAACUGAAGCGAAUGGAUUCUGGCUACAAAUCCCCGCAUACUCCAAGCAGCCCCUGCAACCCCCGACGACAUCUGAACACGCCGCAUGACGAUUUUAAAGAAGACUUUGCCAAAGCGCAAGUUUUGGCAGAUAUUUUGGAUGGCAAUUCCGAAACCAGUGAUUCCUUGAAGAGUAAUCCAGUGAAGGAACAUCUAGAACAAAUGAUCUUGAAUGCGGCGUCGGCGGAAGACAGAAGCUGUUUGGAGCAAGUUCUGAUGAUGUUGUACAACUAUCAGGCGCUUAGUAGUUCUGUUAGCGAAGAUGAAUGCUAUCAGGGUAAACCGAAGAAAAUAUGUGAUUUAAGAUUACGUUCGGAAACUGACAUUCUAUCGCACAAAACACAAAAGGCCAUCGCGACUGUCACACCGUACCAACAGAAGGGUAAAUCCGAAUCACUAGACAGCCUUUGUGAGGAGAGGAAACCAAAUAACAUAUUGCAAGAGAGCGGUAUAUUCGAGGGAGUCGAAACUGAGACCAAAGAGACUCAGACCGACCUCAACGAUAGCUUCGAAUGCUCCGGUGAAUUGAACACCGAAAUACAACGACUGAAUAGUAUAAGGGAGAAAUUAGAGAGGCAAAGUAGAAAUAGGACGCUUAGUAACGAAGAUUGUUUAGAGUGUAAGUGUGUGAAGUUAGGGAAGAAACACAAGCAGUAUUACGAGAGGAGGCUGAAGUUCUUGGAGGGGAAGAUCUCGAUAUACGAAGCGGCACAAGACGUCAAGGAGUCGAAAUUGGCGCAACGUUUGCAAAAGGAGUUUUUGCUUGAGAAUAGAAUACACGAUCUAGAGUCGCAGUUAGUUGAACUUCAAGACAAGAACCAAAGGCUCGAAGAAGAAUGCUGUGAGUUAGAGGAAAUAGAGAAUGAUACCCGUUUAUAUUGGCAACAGUUGGAAAUGGACUACGAGCUUUGUACGGCACAACUACGCGAUAUGACGGAGCAGCGGGAAUUUUCCAGGGCGCAGGCCGAGCGGAUGGUGCAGGAGCUCAGCGAACGAGAGUGUGCGCUACAGGCCAGAGAGACCGAGAUUUCAUCGAGGUUAACCAGCUUGGAGCGAGCAGUGCCUGCCCUGAUAACAUGGAACGUUAUUCGAGCCAUCGGUGCUACUCUCAACAUGGCGGGCCAGCGGGCACUUAUCAGCCGUAUGGGUCCAUUCGACCAUGAUACAAAGUCCGCAAUUGCCACAAUAAAGCAGAUGCGAAGAGUGGAAGAGAAACCGUGCAGCGUGGUUGUAUUCACUAGCAGCAAUAUCAGACAGUUGGAGCAACAAGUUACAAAAUUAUUAUCUGAGAAGAAAGAGAUAGAACAACAAACAGGACAGGUGAGAAAAAGUCUUGAAGCAAAAAUAAAGAAGCUGGAACAAGAGCUUGAGACAGCAAGGCGGCAGAUCGCAGCUGCUGAGAAUGGUGCUUACGUUAAAAAGGAUAGGAUUGAGGAGAAGAUAGAAGAGAUAGAACAAAAGAUAAGGAAGGAGAAAGAUGAUGAAAAGCUCCCAGCGGAUCCUGUUACGAGCAGCAAAAUUAGAGCACUGCAGCUAAGUGAACAGGAGUUGAAGAACCGCGUGUCUGAAUUGGAGAGGCGAGAGGCAGCGUAUUUGGAGAUGCUGUCCCAAGCAGACGAUAUGUGGGCUGAGAUGGAGGGUGGUUAUAAGAAGAAGAUUGAAGAGUCGCAAGUCACCGAGAGUCAAUUGAAAGGAAAGGUCAAGAAGUUAGAGUCAGAGCGCGAUCAAUGGAAGAAAUGCAUAGAGCCAUUAAAGAAGAAACUAAGGGAGAUAGAAGAGUCGGAGUCUGGUAUGCGGAUAGCGUUGGAAAAGGCGGAGAGGGACGCUAUAGCCCUCAAGACCCAGAACAACCAGCUCACUAUGAUGUUUGGAAAGGCUGAUGUUGAGGCUAAAAAGGCUGAGACGACCUUUAGAACAUUAGAGACUAAAUUUAAGAAGGAAGUCGAACACCUCCGUAAAAUUAACAAGCAAUUGGACGAGGAUCUGAAGAGUCAUCGCGAAGUAUCUAAAAAGACCGAAGUCACGUUUAUGGGAGAUUUGGACUGCAUCAGGAAGGAACUGUCAAGAGCGUGCAAGAACAAUCAAGAGUUAGAAGUCACAAACAGCGAGUUGAAGGAAGAGGUGGAAUCUCUCGAAAAGCAGUUAGCGCUAACGCAGAAAGCAUUGAAUCAGUGCAAACGCAAAUGCGACGAGAAAUUAAAAACGAUGAGCCACGAAUUGUCGAUUAAGACUGAGGAGUUGGAAGAGAUGAGGAGCGAGUCAAUGAGACAGACGUAUCAGUCCAGGGUCGACAUGAAGCCGGAUAGAACGGAAUACGUAGACGAGGGCUAUUCAAUAUACAAUUCAGUACCAAAGAGCGAUUUUGGCAGGAUGCACCACAGCAUGAGCUACAUAACCUCGGAGGCACGUUGCUCUUGUCCAUCCAUGAGGAGCCAGCUGGUUAGCCAAUUGAUAGAAGACCUGUUCGAUAGAAUACAUAACUCAGUGGACGAUGAUCUGAACAAACUGUGCAAAGAGAUCGUUCCGAAUAAGGGCGAAGUGACUGAAGACACCAAGUCGAAGAUCACAAACUAUCUCCUAAUGGCGAUAUCCAAGGAACUCAUUAGGUCUAUUGGUGACGCGGACGCGAAGACUGAUACCGAGGAAUGGCAGCGAGCUGUAUCAUCAAUGACAUACUCAGUGCCGUACAGUGGCAAAGACGCGGAGAGUCGCUGGUGUGGUAAUGCAGGUGUAGUGCGUGGUGCUGCGCGAUUGGCUAGUGUUAGUUGCGCAUGCGCGGCUGCCAGCCUUUGCGCUGCCGCACCACACCUCGCCCCCGCUGUCAAGAUAUGUCAGGAAGAAGUCCUGGAACACGGCGAUGUUAAAAUAAUGGAAGAACAGCUAGCGAACGCGAUCGAGAGUAUAGUUAAUUGUCCAUCUUGUGCGCUGGGUACAAACGCGAUAGUUUGGAGCACGGACGUCUAG